AUGGACUAUUGUCAAAUUUCCUCUGAUUCAUAUCUUGGAUCGGCUUGUAGUGGAAAGGCCAAACGGAAAGGGCUUAACUACAUUGCUGUUCCCGUCUGUCAGAUAUUUCGCCACUCUCUGGAAGCUGGACGACUCCCGGUUGCUUGGAAAUUGGGGACCGUCAAACCUAUAUACAAGGGAGGGGAUCGUCAAGAUCCUGCAAACUAUCGACCUAUCUGCCUAACGUCUGUGUUGUGCAAGUUAGUGGAAAGGAUUCUCAAGCGCGCCCUGCAGCUUCACUUCGAGAAUCUUAACAUCAUCUCCUGUGCCCAGCAUGGCUUUCGGCGGGCACGCUCAUGUACCUCGAACUUGCUUGUUGCUAGGGAAAACUGGGCGAGGUCGUUAGACGCUGGGAAACGAUUGGAUAUGGUUUUCGUAGACUUCAGCAAGGCGUUUGACAAGGUCCCCCAUGAAAGGCUCCUUCUUAAACUCCGAGGUACCGGUGUCUCUGGGAAUGUCCUUUCCUGGAUCGCUGAUUUUUUGAAUGGCCGGACGAUGCGAGUCAAGGUGAAUGAAGCCUACUCCACUCCUGUGCAGAUGACUAGCGGUGUUCCGCAAGGGUCAGUACUUGGUCCAGAACUGUUCAAGAUAUUCAUCAAUGAUCUCCCAUCGGAGCUUCAGAUGGAUUGCCUGGUUUACGCCGAUGAUAUGAAGCUGUGGAUGGAGGUAACCUGUCUUGAGGAUGCUGACAGAUUGCAGGCAUCAUUGGACAUUCUACACGACUGGUCAGCCAACUGGCAAUUGCCCAUAAAUUGUGAAAAAUGCUCAGUUCUCUCCAUAGGCGCCCUCGAACCGUUCGGGAUAUACCAUAUUGGUGGGGUGUUACUCAGAACCACCAUUCUUGAAAAAGAUCUCGGUGUGCUUGUCUCAUGA